AAGCGGCUUGAGAGGCUCGAGGCUCGAGGGGAAACACGCGCUGUCAGUCGAGGCGUCAGAACACUCUCGUCUCCUAUCAGUUCCUAUAGCAAGCGUAGAACACUCUCUACCCCCAACUCACAACACAUACAAUACAUACACUAGUACACUCACUACAUGCCAUAAUGGACCUGGUCAACACAGCCUCCCUCGGCCCGACCUCCCUCGACAACAUCCGCGCAGAGCUCGUGCGCAUGGAGGACUCUAUCAUCUUCGCACUGAUAGAACGAGCGCAGUUCGCUCAAAACACGAAUAUCUACCAGAAGGGGUUCUUUGAGGGCCUCGACUCGAGUUUUAUGGAGUUUUUGCUGCACGAGAUAGAAUGCGCUCAUGCCAAAGGCCGCCGGUACACAAGUCCCGAUGAAUACCCCUUCACCUCCCCCCUCCCCCCACCCGUGCUGCCCGCCCUCUCCUUCCCCCCAUUACUGCAUCGCAACACCAUCAACCUAAACGACCAGAUCAUGGACAUCUACAUCACCAAGAUCGUGCCCCAGCUCUGUCCGAAAGGCGAUGACGCGAAUCAUGGGAGCGCGGCGGCGAAGGAUGUGGAUGCGUUGCAGUUGUUGAGCCGCAGGAUACAUUACGGAAAGUUUGUGGCCGAGGCCAAGUUCAACGAUCCGGAACACCACGACCUGUACGUCGAGCUGAUCAAGGCACAGGACGGUGACAAGAUCAUGGAUCUCCUAACAAACCAUACGGUCGAACGCCGUCUCCUCCGCCGUCUCCGCCGCAAAGCACUCAUCUACGGGCAAGAAGUCGAUGAAGAUGACGACGAGCUCCCCACGCCGACACACACCACCCCCAACAAUCACACCCACAAUCACAAUCACACACAUCCAUCAACCACAACCACACCAACAACACACCAAAAACCCGACCCAUCGACAAAAACACCCCGUCUGUCCCGCGACGUCGUGGCAGACAUGUACGAGCGGUUCGUGAUCCCGCUGACGAAGCAGGUGGAGGUGGAUUACCUGUUGACGCGGUUAGGGUGAUGUCCCUUGGCAUUAACGGUAAUGAUGGUCAUUCGUGCCCGCUGUGAAUUUUGGGGUCGUGAUAUGCGAGCACCCCCUUUUUGUAUAGGCAGUUUGGUCCGCAUAAGCUACUACGUACUCGUUUAAUUUUCGCAUUUCAUGUAAUCCACAGUAAUGACACAUCGUAUCAACAUAGAUCAGAACUGCGU